AUGUGGUCCCCAAGUUUGAUUAUAUCGGUCGUUCUUACCGCUCGAUUAGGCUUCUCUCAGCAAUUGGCUUUUUCAGGUAGCUCCUCAGAUCAUUUUAGUUCAGCUUCUAUAGCAUCCACAUUCCCUUCGAAACAUCAUGAUGGGGAUAUUUCCACGACAGCUGAAACGAUUGUAUCAGCUCUAUCAUCUUCAUCCGAACAUACAAUAACCCUUCAUCUAUUACAAAGAUCGAAGUGUAUCCCUCUACUAGCUCAUAUAGGAAACGCUACCUUCUUCGCUCCUACAGAUCAAGCAUGGAAUGACUGGGCAGAUAAACACAAAUCCAAUACCGAUGAGCCAGAAAACGACGACGGUAGAAUAGUUGGGCAAGGUUGGUUAGGAAAAGGUGGUCUGGAAGAAUGGAUGAAAGAAGAAGAAGAAGUCUUGCAGAUCAGAACGAUGAACACGGAGUACAAUGAAGAGUAUGAGAAGAAUUUUAUGGACAACCAAAAUUGGGCAUUGAGGCAACAUCUAUUGUAUCACACAUUAAACUAUACAUUGACACCUUCAGACCUUUCAUUCAACAAAACGAUCUUUGCGUCCGGUACAACAAUCACAUCAAAUAUCAGUGUGGAAACUACAUUAUUGUUUCCACUGGAUAAAGAGCCGGAAUUGCCCCCAACGCCUGAACCUGGUGCUCCAUGGCUACCUAAAGGAGGAGAAGGUUUACUACACGGUCAUGGACAACGACUUCGGAUCGCUAAAAUCGGCUCUGAACAAGGUGGUGAAAGAGGUAAAAUAGGCCUGGAUUGGAACGGUGACGGUGGUGCUGAUAUCUGGGAUGGCAAAGGCUGGGAAAUACAAGGCAAUCAAACUGCAAAGGAAGAAGAACAAGCAGAGAAGAAACAUAACGAACACCAAAAGAGUCUAGAUGGUUUGAAAUGGACUAGAAAUGGUGUUGUAGUUGGUAUCGAAGGAGUAUUGGAUAUGCCACCUUCUAUAGAGGAAAUAAUACGUACUCAUCCCUCACUUCAAUACCUAUCUCAUCUUCUUACUUUCAACGCAUUACCUUCGCCUUUACCUGAUUCUUUUGCAACAUCCCCGCAUCUGACAAUAUUUGCACCUUCCAACGAUGCGAUCACUUCGGCAUUCGAUGAUAUAGAAAAGGGCUACCUUGAGGGACCGUUUGGCGAAGAAGGUGUGGGAAGGAUACUGGCAGGAGGGGUGGUUUUGGGAAUAGGAAAAGACAAUGUGGGAUGGACUGAUACAUUCAGCCGAAAAAAUGUCGAAGCUUCCUCCGGACUGGGACUUCAACUGGUUUCGGAUCAACCUGGUCAUUUAUCAGUCAAUGGCACCGAAGCCGAGGCUGUUGAUAUAUUCGCUUCAAACGGUGUCAUCCACAUUGUGCCCAACCUCCUUCUUCCUGAAAACUUCACACUUCUCAACUCUGCUGAAAAGGUCCUUCUAUCGCUAAAUGCUACCCGAUUCGUCUCCCUUCUUCGUUCCGCCAAUCUAUCGGAAGCAUACAUUGGUCCUUCACGGGGUGAUCGGGAAAACGACGGGUGGACUAUCCUUGCGCCUACGGAUGAAGUCAUGGAUAUGAUGGAUAAAUGGGGUAGUGCAUGGGGUGCCCCGGUACCCGAGAUGUGGUCCGAUUACGAACCGGAACAUGUCAAAGAAAUGGAAGUGCCUGUUGCUCUGACCCAAUACCUCAAGAAGCCCACUCAAGAUCCCUCAGCGAUCGCUGGGCUUCUUCAGUAUCAUAUUCUCCCAGGCAGACUAUUACCUUCUGAUAUUAAAGAUGGGAUGUUACUCGGUACCGAGCUGAGAACUUCCGCUCUCAAAGGCAACAGACAAAGACUACGUGUAGAUGUAUCAGAGCGAUUGCAAAAUGAUCCUAUCAACUGGGAAGCUAUAGGGGAAGGCGAAAUCAGAUUCGGCGGUACAACUGUACUUGGAAAACCAGUAAAAACUGGUAACAGUAUCAUUUACCUAUUAUCAUCCCUCUUAUCGCCUCCAGACGAUGUACUUCAAACAGCAGUAUCUGAUCUUCAACUAUCAACCUUCAUCGCAGCUGUAUACGCUGCGGAAUUGAACAAAGCAGUGAAACGCACUCCUGCUACAACCUAUUUCAUGCCUAGAAAUCGAGCAUUCAAUCAACUUGGUCUGACCAUGAAAUAUCUAUUACUUCCCGAAGGUAAAGAUGAACUUCGAAAAGUGAUCAAAUACCAUGCUGUCAACGAAACAAUAUAUUUACCUGAAGUGGAAACUGGCAAGAAAGUAUAUAAGACUCUUGAAGGAGGAUCAAUCCUACUUGAUCGGACUAAAGGUAUGAAUGGAAGUAUAUCAUUGAGAUCACCUGUUCAAUGGGAAGGACAUGAUUCAGGUGAUCCAGACUCGAAUCUACCUUCCAAUGGAGAAUUACGUUCUGCCAAAAUAUGGCAUUCAGACGCUUUGACAAAUACUGGUGUUAUACAUACUAUCGAUUCCGUCAUAUUACCUUCAGAUGUCAAGAUCACAAUUGCGAAAUUGAUCAGAGGAUCAAAACAAAGUACUAUGGGUGAAUUGAUGAUAAAAGCUGGUCUGAGUUGGAUAUUAGAAGGUAGAGAACCUACUUCUGACGAAAUCACCACUGCUAAAUCACACGGUAUACUUCCCAAACAUAACAUUGAAGAAGACGACAACAACGGUGAUAGUAGUAAAGGGGAUGAAUCGCCCGGAAAAGAUAUUGAGGAUUUGGCAUUGCCUAGUUAUACGGUUCUCGUUCCAACAGAUAAAGCGUUUUCGAGAUUGAAUAUCACUCAUUAUCUAAACCAUAAAGAAUCUCUAGUCAACCUAUUAAAACUGCACAUCAUCCCUUCAACUUCGUCUACAAGACCCACCUCCUCCUCUUCCAGCAAUACCAAGAAAGCCAUUGAACCACCCAAAGAUGGACAACCAUUAUCAAUAGAUGAUGAUUUGAUUUAUUCCACAUUACUUUCCGACGACAAGAAGAAGUUUGGAGAUUUGGCUUUCAGAGCCACUGGGGAUAACUCCUUUAUAGUAGGGAUUAAAGGCGCUAGAGGCAAUGCCAUCAAUUCAGGUAAUUCAGCGAGGAUCGGUCAAUCUGGAAGAGCGAGCGUCAGAUGGAAAACGCAUUACUUUGUUUCAGAUCUAGAAAAGAAGAGGUCCAAUGGGAAUAAAGACAAAGAUGUAGACGAAGAUGACUCAAAUGUCUUGCUGUGGAAAGAUGGCAUGACUCUAGGUGGAGGAGUGAUGAUGAUUGAUAAUGUUCUGAUUCCAUAUCAACCUAGUUGGUUCUCAAGAUGGGGUUGGCUGGUCAUCACUUUAUCAGCAAUCGGCAUAAUCACCCUGAUAGCUGCUAUCACUAUGGGUUGGUGGUUUAUGACUAGAGGUAAAAAUGAAGAAGCGGAAUAUGAACCGUUAGAAGGUGAAGAAGAAGAGUAG